AUACUUAUUAAAUAGGUAAUGAAUGAGAAGAUGGUGUUAGUGACUGCAGGAGUCUCUUUCGUAGUGAAGAACAACAGCAACGACAUAUCAACAUCAGACAACACAAACACCACUGCAGUCAUGGCCACCUCUAAUGGCCAUACACUCAAUGGACAUAGUAAUGGCCUACUGAAUAAAGGCAUCACUGUUGUCAAUGCCACUCGUGGAGCUGCGAAGAAGCAAAACAAAAAUUCUAAUUCCACUUCUGUGGGCUCCAUAGUAGGCAUCGGCAGUCUGUGUGGACUUCCGGAGGAGCUGGACCUGAUUGGGGAUUUAGGCGAGCUGGACGUGGAGCAGUUGAUGGCAGGAGUGGGCAUGGGGGAGUACGAUGUUAUAGAGGGGGGCUAUGAUGGUUUGAGUGGGGGUGCUAUUGGCAAACUAAUGGAGGACCUGUCUAGAUCAGUGGGCAAUGGCAGGUCGUCCUGCUUGGAGGAUGAGAACUUCGCCAUAGAGGUGGUUUUUGGCGCGAAGAAUGGGAAGCGGCUCAAAGCUACAGCGGGAGGAGUGGGAGGUGGGGGUGAUGGAGAGAGUGGGGGACAACUGAGCAGACUGUUGUCUGAGGGGGAGUUGAAUGAGCAGAAGAAGAGUAAAGAGAAGAAGAAGAAUGGAGAGCUGAUGGAGGGUGUCCUGGGGGCGAAGAGGAGAGAGUUCGAGGAACUGAAGAGGUGGAUCAUGGAUGAAUUUAAGUCUCCCCCUCCCCCUUUGCCAUUCACAUUCCCCCCAGAUGCAGAAGACGAAGAGUUGCAAGCAGGUGGACUGGAAAACGAAUUAAAUGGGGACAAAAAUGGACAACUAAUAUACGAUGAGGAGGGUGUGUCUGAUGAGGAAGCAGCAGCAGGAGGAGGGGGUCUGUUGGAUGAUAUGAUAUGUGAUGAUGACGAUGAAGAUGAUGACAUGGGGAGUACUAGAAGGGGCAAUAUGGAGAGGGAGAUGAAGAGGUCAAUUGAGAGGUCAGAGGAGGUGUUCCAAAUGACACAGCCACUCCUCCACAAAGCUUUUGCCACCCUGAAAGCUUCGGCAUCUCUGAAGUCUACAAGUGAGAACAACACAGACACAUUUGCCACAGUGAAACAGCUGAAUGACUCACAAUUCAACUCCUUCUCAGACUUCGUCCUCACUAAACUCAUCGUGAGUGUGAUGGAUAAAAGACGGACAAGUCACCACUACACUCCCCCAGUCAGUGGGAGACCCCUCACACCUCCCCCACCACCAUCAUCCACCACACCACACAAUGCAGCAGCUGUGAACAGUGGGAGGGGCACUACAGGUGGUGGGGGGAGCAGACAGGAUCCAAGCAGCUCUUCCAAUUCAAAUCAGGUGGUGUCUACUUCAUCUUCUUCAUCAUCAGCAUCAACAUCAUCAUCUGUGUCGCCUUCUGUUUCUCCUGGAACUGGGAGUGGAAGUAGAGAGAGUGAGAGUGUGCCAGACUACUUGGAGGAUGAGGAGUUCAUGACUGAGAUGUGUUAUGACACCAUGAUGGACUCAUUCCAACAGACACUCUGUGCACACCUAGGUGAGCUGGCGCGGAACUUCGACCCCAAGCAGCUCUUCUGCCACAGUCUACGAUGGUUCGACACCCAGGAAGUGCUGGAACACUCUCGCCUGUUGAAUCCCUACGCCGAUCUGGGCAUGCCCUGUUUCGAUGCCAAGGGGAGGAGUCUCAACAUUGUGAUGCUGACUGAGUUGUCCAAUAUACUACAAGUGCACUGUCGCACUCUCCCUGAGAAAGUGUAUGCAUCAGUUGCUGCUAAACUGCGUGACAAGAGUAGUGGCUGUACUGCGAGUGUGCAUGACGGGUGGAUGGGGUUGGUUGAGACAUGUGGACAUUAUGGCAUCAUGCUGCAUGACUUCCUCCUCACCCUCAACCGGCCCAAAGACCCAUCAACAAUAAUAACAACAACAACAAAGGGUGGGGGCAAGGAGAAGGGAAAGAGAGGCAAAGAAAGUCACAGCAACAACAAUAACAACAACUGGAAAGUGCUCAGGAAGUGUGUUUGGCUGGUAGUGUCAUUUCUGAAGUCUCAUCCGCUUGUCAAACACACACUAUCGGAACAAUAUCUCUCUCUGUCCAAACCGGAAGUGUCGUCAGCCUUUGUGGGUAUCGCAGAGUCCAUUCUAGACUACGAGCACGACAGCAUCCCGAGGGGGUUCGGAACCAACCUACAGCCAUUCAGAUUCUUCCACUGGUACAUGAAUCCACACCUGUUGCCUUCAUAUCUGUCUCAACAUCUCUACUUGCAUGAAUACAUCAAGAGCCAGUUGCACUGUCCCAGAGUGGCCAGGGCUUGGGAGGCCAUAGAAGUGAGACAGACCACACAAGUGAGACAGCUGCAGCAGAAGGCCUUACAAAAACAGGGAGCCGGGAAGCGUGCGAAAGAGACACAGUCACGUGAACAACAUCAGUGUGGGAGUGACGCGGAAGUGAAUGAGAAGUUAAAGGAGGCCAUGCACAUAUUUGUACAGGUGGAGAGACGCAAACUUGUGAUGAACUUGGAGAAAGUGGAAGCGUAUGUGGCCCAACUGAGGAUAUGUGUAGUGCUGUAUGAGGUGGCCUACUGGCUGAAGAAACUGUUCGCGGCCAAAAAGACAUUCGCCCCAGAUGCAUACUAUCUCUGCUGGAGACACUUCGACGACCCAGAGUUCUUCGUGCCUAUUUCUUGUGCGAAUCACGCGAUGCGCAAACAGUACUGCAAACGGGAAGGCAUUUACUACCUCGUCACAAGAUUCUGUCUGAACAUCCUGCAUUAUGAGAUGCGAGAGAGUGGCUACAAGGUGUGGGACAAGGCCAGUGUGCCCUACAAGACAUUCAUGUUCCUGUUCCGCCGUCUGUUCACACCCUACGCAGAGCCAGACUCCAUCGUGUUCGAGCGAGAGGAGAACUGCUACGACAGGUACUCUGCCAGGAUUCUGCAGAGGAUGCGGGCCAUAAUGGAGAGGGAAAAGAAGACAGCGUCUGCGGCUGCAGCUGCUGCGAAUGGGGGGCCCAAUAGUUCCACUACUGCAGACACCCACCACGUCAAUAGGGGCUACUAUGACCUGCAUAUGGAGAAUUUGAAGUUGUUCACGAAUGAGACCACUCAGACUUAUGUGAGAUUGGAGCAGCAAGUCACAGCCUCCCUCAAUGACGUCAUCCUGUCUGCGGAGAACCAGAAACAGGUGGACAAUUUCAUUGGGAGGGUGUUGGAGGCACUGGUGUUGGUGUCCACAGACAAGAAUGUGGACCACAUAGACUGGCCAUUCAUUGGCAGGUGUGUGCCUCUGUACAUGUUGGACCUGUACAAACUGCUGGCGAAGAACAACUUACUCGGCUACCCCUCAGUGUUCGCCUACUCCACCAAGACAUUCAUUGACAAGUUCAUCCACGAGAACAUCACCAGAGACAACAAGACCAUCGACCAGUUCUUCACCCAACAGAUACACGAUGACUCUCGCAUCUGUCCGUUUGAUAAAGUGGAAGGAAACCCAUUCGUCAAACUGGCUCUCCGGUACUUCUCGGCAGAGGAGACAAACAACAACAACACCCAGAAUAACAACAAAGUAUCCACACAGCACCCCAACAAAACAGCUACUAAACCGCAACCGUCAUCAUCAUCAUCAGGAGCUGCAUCUUCGUCAGGUAGAAACAACUCCACCCCCUCAGCCGAGAGUGGCCAGAAGGGAGAAGGAGGGGGGAAGCAGGCGACUUUCAGGACUAAAGGAGUCCCCAACCCCACCCAGAACAAGAAAAAAGAUGAGCCCAGAGACAAAGAAGAGAAAGACAAGACAAACAGCACUGCUGCCCCCACACGCAGUCGAUGAAAAGCAUAAGUGGGACUGAAUCAUGAAAUUAUCAUUCUAGUUCAUAAGUAACUUCAUGUGUCGAUUUGUGGCAACCUGAUGGCUGUUUUGUACUAACUGUGACACUGUUAUUGAAAAAGAAAAAACUGACACCAUUUGUGCUGUGAAAAUGGUAUAACUAUUCGUUUGAAACUUUGACGACAUGCUAAUAAUCUGUCUUUUUUCAUGUCUGAAGUCAAUUAUGUGCUGUAACUGACGACCAUACAAGCAAAACUGUAAAAAAAAUCCAUUUAUGAAAUUAUUGACGAGAGAAACGACUUGAUUGGGUGAAAUGUGAAGCAUUGUGUGUAGGGGAAAUGUGUCUUAUGUUUUACAGAUUGUAAUUAAUAAAUAUAACUUUUGAGUUGAUUGCUAUAUUUUUUUUGUUUCCGUGUACAGUUUUAUUUGCUACCAUAUAAUGAUCGGAAUCGAAUCAGCUUAGCUAAUAUAGGCUUAUUCAGA